CAGGCAGGACAGGAGGGCGCGCGGGACAUCAGCACACCGGCCGGGUCAAGAAGCUGCAAGGAUGGAGAUCCGACCAGACAGGUUUAAGGCGGCCGCUGCCAAAACUCUGGGGAAAAUUAACAGGCUGAUCGACAAGCGACAGGCAAAUGGAGAAACCAUCGAGUUAUCGGCAGAGGGCCGUCCUGAGCUGGUGGAGGAGAAGGAGAUGCCGGUGGUGGACUGCACCUGCUUCGGCCUGCCGAGGCGGUACAUCAUCGCCAUCCUGUCCGGCCUGGGGUUCUGUAUCUCUUUUGGCAUCCGGUGCAACCUGGGUGUGGCCAUCGUGAGCAUGGUAAACGACCACACGGUCUACAGAGGCAACAAGGAAGUGCUUGUGGCAGCACAGUUCACCUGGGACCCCGAGACAGUGGGGAUGAUCCACGGCUCCUUCUUCUGGGGUUACAUCGUCACACAGAUCCCAGGCGGCUUUAUAUGUCAAAAAUUUGCAGCCAACAGAGUUUUUGGCUUUGCCAUAGUGGCCACAUCCACCCUCAACAUGCUGAUCCCGUCUGCUGCUCGCUGCCACUACAGCUGCGUCAUACUGGUCAGGAUAUGCCAGGGCCUUGUUGAGGGUGUAUCGUACCCAGCCUGCCACGGGAUCUGGGCCAAAUGGGCGCCUCCUCUGGAGAGGAGUCGAUUAGCCACAACAGCCUUUUGUGGAUCCUAUGCGGGGGCAGUGGUGGCCAUGCCUCUAGCUGGGAUACUGGUGCAAUACACGGGGUGGCCUUCAGUAUUUUAUGUCUAUGGCAGCUUUGGGAUAUUCUGGUACUUGUUUUGGAUCCUGGUGUCUUAUGAGAGUCCCGCAGCCCAUCCCACGAUCACACCAGAGGAGAGAAAGUACAUUGAAGAUGCGAUCGGAGAAUCUGCAGGGUUUCUAAAUCCUCUCCAAAAAUUUAAAACUCCAUGGAAACACUUCUUCACCUCCAUGCCGGUCUACGCCAUCAUCGUGGCCAACUUCUGCAGGAGCUGGACCUUCUACCUGCUGCUCAUCAGCCAGCCGGCAUACUUUGAGGAAGUCUUUGGAUUUGAGAUCAGCAAGGUGGGGAUGGUGUCAGCUUUGCCUCACCUGGUGAUGACCAUCAUCGUGCCUAUCGGGGGCCAGUUGGCUGACUAUCUGAGGACCCAUAACCUGAUGAGCACCACCAACGUCAGGAAAAUGAUGAACUGUGGAGGUUUCGGGAUGGAGGCCACGCUCCUGCUGGUGGUGGGAUACUCGCACUCUAAAGGCAUGGCCAUUUCCUUCCUGGUCCUCGCUGUGGGCUUCAGUGGGUUCGCUAUCUCAGGGUUUAAUGUCAACCACUUGGAUAUCGCCCCUCGAUACGCCAGCAUCCUGAUGGGCAUCUCAAACGGGGUGGGGACGUUAUCUGGAAUGGUUUGUCCCCUCAUAGUGGGAGCCAUGACCAAACACAAGACACGUGAGGAGUGGCAGGGCGUCUUCCUCAUAGCGUCUGUCGUUCAUUACGGAGGAGUCAUUUUUUAUGGACUCUUUGCGUCAGGAGAGAAGCAGCCGUGGGCCGACAUAGAGGACACCAGCGAGGAGAAGUGCGGCAUCAUCGACGAGGACGAGCUGGCCAAUGAGACAGAGGAGAUCUACCGCGGUGGCGGACAGUACGGGGCCAUGAGCCAACCGGUUGUCGGCUCAAACGGAGGAGGAGGUGCAGGAGGAGGCGGAGGAGGAGGAGGAGGAGGAGGAGGAGGAGGGGCCGGCGCUGGAUGGGUGUCGGACUGGGAUAAGUCUGAGGAGUACGUUCAACCACCUGGAUACAACUCCUACAUGUACGGAGGAGGAGAGGAGAGGGAGCUGACAUAGAAAACUGACGUGACACUAGUUUAUAAAAAACAAGAUAACAUAAGAAGGAAGAUUGUUUUAUGGAGAGGGAUUGUAAGAGAGCUCCUGCUGUACUCAACGGACCUGCUGUGUGCUUCUGUACAAAUCUUUACAGUCGCACAUAUCAAAAGUUUGGAUCUGAUUCAUUCCUGUCUAUGUGUGUGUGUGUGUGUUGGUAUAUGUGUGUGUGUUUGUGUAUGUGGGGUGUGCGUGUGUGUAGGCAUGUGCAUGCAUGAGUCGGAGUUCUUCAUGAACACAAACACAUUCAGUAUUCAUCACAAAAAACUGAACUCAUUUCCCAGACUUCCUUCCUGCUCUCGAGCUGUUUCCACAACAUCACUGAGGAGUGUGUGUGUGUGUGUGUGUGUGUGUGUGUACAUUUUGCUUUUACAGCAGCUAUUUCAAGCCGCUGGCAUUGUGUUGUACUGAAAUGUUGAGACUGGGACUUAAUUUAGAAACUUUUGAGAAAUUGUAUUGUUCAUCUGAUCAAAUCAAUACGCAUAUAAAACACAAUCAUUACCAGACACUGAUGAUACAUGCCACAAAAACACUGUCUGUACAGCCUGUGUGUAGUUUGAGUGUGUUUGCAUGUUUUAGUCGACACACAGGUCGACAAGAAUCAGUCAUGUUUGACAUUCUUGUCGACUGCGUUUAAACUACUGAAAGAGGAAAAAGGUGCUUGAGACUGUAAAGCUUUACAGGCUCACCUUUGUGUGUGUGUGUGUGUGUGUGUGUGUGUGUGUGUGUGUGUGUGUGUGUGUGUGUGUGUGUGUGUGUGUGUGUGUGUGUGUGUGUGUGUGUGUGUGUGUGUGUGUGUGUGUGUGUGCGCACAGCUGCAUGAAUCUCACCUGGGCCUGACCUAACUGGGUCACGUCCAGCUUGGCUCAUGGGCUACAUGAGUAUUCAUCAGAUAAUCGUGACUUUCCGUUUGGUGUGCGCGCUCCCAUUAGAGAGGUCGCCCAGAAUGAAGAGCAGAGUGGGAUGGUUGCUUUGCGGUUUCACUGCUUAACCAGCGAGGAACGACGGUAUUCCCGAGCGUCACGGCUCGUGCUGCGUCUGUUUCUGCCUUUCUGUGUCUCAGUGGCUUCCUCUCCCUCGGUAUCUAACCCCCCCACGCUCUCCCUCUUCUUCUCUCUGUUGAUGCUGUUUUCUUGUCUUUAGUAAUGUCAGACAUGUUUGAGUUGGUGGGUCAGAGCCUCUCAGAUGUCUAUGUGUGUUUGUGUGUGCGUGUGUGUGACAGUGAGUGUGUUGUUGUGUUGGGUGCAGGUGCUGAAACAUUGUGCGGUGAGCAUGCUUUAAUGAGCGGGGCCGUCCCUCUCCUCACAUACACACCUCAUUUGAUGCAGCGCAGUCAGCUGCAGCAUGCACAGUGAUCAGAGGGAGCGGUGGUGGCUCAGAGAUUUGGUAUUAUCGCUGCUGUCUGUGUGAAACACACACACGGAAACAAUUUGGAAGAGUCUGAAAUUAUUUGUCAUCAAAAGGCUUUGCAACAAUCGGCCAAUCACAUCAGCUCCUCUCGCACCCUGUAAGAGCAGCACCCUCCUCCCUGAUGCUCUGACAGCUGGCUAACAAGUCCAGAGGUGCAAAGUAUUUGUCUACAAUUUAAAAUACACCUGGGGUGGCCGAUCAGAUUUGGAGGGGGGCCCCCAAUGCCACCUCUGGACCCCGCUCUGGACCCAGAGGCUCUGGACACGCCCCUGGAGCAAACUAACAUACAACAAACAAAAUGAGCACUCACACACACACACACAGAUUCUGCAUUCUGCUCGAUACCGGCUCACCAGCAGUGAAGAUUUUUAUGAUUUCAAAUCUGAACGUUCAUCUGCAGACCGCUCUCUUUCUGAUCACUAAAUUAUAAAAUGAAUCAGUUUCUCUUUGUGUUACAGACGGUUGAUGAUUUGAGCUCAGUGUUUGAGUAACAUUUUCUGGAAUGUUGAAAAUAAAUCAUUUAGUCUCAAAUGAGGGUUUGAUGGCGAGCGGCGUUGGUAUAUCCAUAAAUCAUUUACAAAAGUUUUAAAGGAACAUUACUUUGUUUUCUGAGUGCAAUGUCGUGAAGACAUGAAUGAUUUUAUUCCUGUGAACGAUUUCAUUUUUUUAAGUGUCGUAUCGGUGUGUGUUUUUAAUCAAGUUUCUCUUUGUCUCAGUUAAUGGCUGUUCCGAUGUUGUCCUCCUCCUCCUUCUUCUUCUUGAUGAUGAUGAAACGUGUGCUGGGAAUCAGAGUAAAAAAAAAAAAAU